CUCUCUCUCUUUCUCUCUUUCCUCCUGUGUCCCUCUCCCGUGUUCUUCCUCUCUGGACUUCUCCUGUGUGUUGCUCUGAUGGAAAUGUGGAGGAUCUUUCUGUCUGUCUCUCUUGUGGUCCAGCACAGUUCAGCUGAAGAAGUUAUGCUGCUGGACACUACCGAGUCCACCGCUGAACUAGGCUGGACAACGUAUCCUGACACAGGGUGGGAUGAGGUGAGUGUGUUAGAUGACAAGGGGAGACUCAUGCGUACCUUUGAAGUCUGCAACGUCAAUCAAAACCCUCGUCUCCAAGACAACUGGUUGGCCACGCCCUUCCUGUACCGGCAGUCAGCUCCACGGAUCUUUGUGACACUGCGCUUCUCGGUUCGAGACUGUGCCAGUCUACGCUCUCCCUCCCCAACAUGCAGGGAGACCCUGACACUGUACUACAAACAGGCUGACUCUCAGAGAGAGCUGGAGAGAACCUGGGCGGCUGAGCCUUCCAGUGGAGAGACGAGAGAGGGCUGGGUGAAGAUCGACACUAUCGCGGCGGACAAGAGUUUCAGUCGCGUGGAGCCAAGUCUACCUCACCAGUACAAAUCAGAGAACGCCCGACGCAUCAACAUCAAAACCCGCAGCUUUGCUCCUCUCACACGAAAAGGGUUUGUUUUAGCUAUAGUAGACAGCGGAGCAUGUGUGUCACUCAUGGGUGUUUCCAUAUUUUAUCGUCGCUGUCCAGCAACCAGUCGUUUCCUGGCUUUCUACCCAGCCACGCCCUCAGGGGCGGAGCCAACGUCUCUAGUGCCGGUGACUGGAACUUGUGUAGCUCACAGCCAAUCACAGGGUGGGACAGCGCCAAGAAUGCACUGUAACACAGAAGGCGAAUGGCUGGUGCCUGUCGGAGGAUGCACGUGUGAUGCAGGAUAUGAGCCCAAUCAUAAUGGCUCGGCCUGUUUAGCGUGUUCAAUGGGGUCCUAUAAACCAGUGGCCGGCUCAGCUUCAUGUAUAGAGUGCCCAGCUAACAGCAGAACCAGUUCAGACGGGUCUAAACUUUGCGAAUGUCGGAGUGGCAACUACCGUGCAUCCGCCGAUGCUAACACCACCGCCUGCACAAGCCCUCCAUCAGCGCCGGCGUCUCUGUCGUGGGAGUAUGAGAGUUCAGAGGGCGGGGUGUCUCUGCGCUGGAGACCUCCUGUGAACAUGGGGGGACGGAGUGAAGUGUGGUACGGGGUGGUGUGUCGAAUCUGCCCCUCUGCCACUAACACGCCACCGAGCAUGUGUUCCUGGUGUGGAGAUACUGUCACUUUUUCCCCUUCUCAAACCAGCUUGAAGCAGACGAGGGUCACGCUCAAAAACCUGCUUACUAGGGUCACCUACCUCAUACAGGUUCAAGCAAUAAAUGAAGUGUCAGCGCUGAGCCCUUUUCCACCUCAGUUCGCCAGCAUCAACUUCACCACCAGCCAAUCAGUGCCUUCUGAGGUUCCCAUGCUGCACCAGCUCAACAGAGUUCACGACUCCAUCACGCUGUCCUGGCCUCAGCCGGACCGGCCCAACGGGGACAUCCUGGAAUACCAGCUCCGCUACUACGACAAGGGGUCUGAUGAGGACAGUGCUAUGAGCGUGUUCAGUGAAACCAACACAGUGACGGUUGGAGGUCUGAUUCCAGGCUCCAUCUACGCCUUCCAGAUCCGUGCCCGGAACGAGAGAGGCUACGGACCCUACAGUCACACCAUUUACUUCAGCACCCUAGCCAUGGAGGAACAGUCAAAGCAGAUUCAGAAUCGCCUGCCUCUUAUGAUUGGAUCGAUCAUGGGCGGAGCGGCGUUCCUAUUGGUUGUGAUUGCGAUCAUCAUCGUGUUUGUGUUUCGAAGUAAAAGGAGAGAAAGCCCUUAUAGUGACAGACUUCAGAGAUACAUCAGCAACAGAGGUGGGGUGAAAUAUUACGUGGACCCCUCUACUUACGAAGACCCCAGUGAGGCGGUCAAAGAAUUUGCUCGAGAAAUCGACCCAGCUCACCUAAAGAUCGAAGAGGUCAUUGGAGCUGCUCAGUUCGGGGAGGUGUCCCGUGGACGCUACAGGCCACUAGGCCGCAGAGAGGUGCUGGUUGCAGUAAAGACUUUGCGUUGGGGAGUGACGGACCGCGAGAAGAAUGUGUUUCUCAGCGAGGCUGGAGUCCUUGGCCAGUUUGACCACCCUAAUGUACUCAAACUGGAAGGUGUGAUCACUCGCACCCCUCCUGAACGCAUUAUCACAGAGUUCAUGGAGAAUGGACCCCUGGAUGCCUUUCUCAGGGAAAACGAGGAUCAGUUCAGCGUGUUGCAGCUGGUAGGCAUGGUGAGGGGUGUUGGAGCGGGAAUGCGUUAUCUUUCAGAAAGAAAUUUUGUCCAUCGUGACCUUGCUGCCCGAAACGUUCUGGUGAACUCAAACCUGGUCUGUAAGGUGUCUGACUUCGGCCUGUCCCGUUUAAUGAGGGGUCUGGACCACAACAUGCCCACCUACACUGCUUCACUGGGCAGUAAGAUCCCUGUGCGGUGGACGGCUCCUGAAGCUUUCCAGCAUCGCAAAUUCAGUUCAGCGAGUGAUGUCUGGAGUUUUGGGAUUCUCAUGUGGGAGGUCAUGUCAUAUGGAGAACGCCCAUACUGGGACAUGAGCAACCAAGAGGUGAUGAAGGCAGUGGUGGAUCAGUACCGUUUACCUGCUCCGAACGGUUGUCCUCCAGCUCUUCACUCUCUGAUGCUGCAGUGCUGGCAGGCUGACAGACAGGACCGGCCAGGCUUUGACUCUCUCCUGUCGUCUCUUGACCGUCUCAUACGCCACCCUGCCUCCCUGAAGGCCGAACACAGCCGCCCCACCCAGCCACUCUUAAGCCCCACCCCCACUGACCUCUCAACAGUGACAACAGUCGGUGAUUGGCUGACCGCUCUGAAGAUGGACAGAUAUAAGGAUGCGUUUGAAAGAGCGCAGUACCACAGUUUGGAAAGAGUGAGCAUGCUCACAAUGGAGGAUGUUCAGGCUCUAGGAGUGAAUCUGCUCGGUCAUCAGCGGAAGAUCGUAAAUGCAGCUAAGCAGCUCAGGACACACCUCACUCAGGGACAUGUGGAGGUCUGAUGCUUCCCAUUUUGUGUUGACACAGCAGUGCAUGCUGGGAGAUCUAGUCCACAGCCUGUCGCAGCCCACAAGAACACUGGAAUAGAGAUGAGGAUGGCAAAAAAAGCCUUGAGUGAAAAAGAUUUUUAUUAUGAAUUAUUUGCCCAAUAGUCUCACCCUUGCCUCCUGGACUGUUGUCUUUCAUAUUCUUCUUUCGCUUUCUCCCUCCUUCAGUGUUGCACUACCUCUCACUUUCUUAUCAGUUCUUUACUUACUGGCAUUCAGUAUGAACUUGAGCCUUAAGAACACAAAAAGGAAGCUCCUUCACAAUCAGUUGCAAGGACAAUCAGAGACUUUAAAUGGACAGUAACCGACUGUUAUGUCUUUGUUGGCACAUGUGGUCAAGGGCACUAGAUGUUUUGUUUUUAACUACACAACCAAAUAAUACUCAUAUUGUUCCAUGAACUGAACCCCCAUAAAAAAAGUAUUUGCCUUGCUUUCCACUAAAAAUAUAAAAAAUGUUCUAAGAGCUUUUUAAGGAUGCGUUAAUGUUGUUUUCAGUAAAUGCACACUACUGAGCAAAGGUUUGGGGUCAUUGAGAUUUAAAUGUUUUUGAAAUAAGUCUCUUUUGCUCACCAAUAUCAGAAAUACAAUAAAACAGGAAUAUUGUAAAAUAUAAUAACAAAUAGCUGAAUAUUCAGCAGUUCACGCUGCAAAAAUAUCAUGGUCAAAAUAUCUAAAAAUUAAAAUCAAAGUGCAUUUACUAAAAAUGCUAAAAAACAUAGUACAUUUAGUCUUGAUAUUUUGCUGGCUGAUCAUUUUUUUUACUUAAUGCACUUUUUUUUCCCCAGAUACAAGACUAAAUAUCUUCAUUUUGUUUUAGAAUGAUGAAUUUCUGUAUAUUGUGACUAAAAACAAGACAAACUAAGUAAGAAAGAUUUAUAUGCCCUUCUUGCAGUAUACAGUGUCACAAUUGGUUGAUCAGGAGACAUUAUAAUUAAUGUUACGAUUUUUAUAGCAUAAAUAUUUUGAAAAUUAAUCAUUUUUGUUUUUGGGAUCUUGGAUAAAUAUAAAGUUCAAAAGAAAAACAUCUUCAACUUCAUUCAAAAUCUUCAUUUGAUUAAAAAAAAUAAAAAAUUGACCCCAAACUCUUUGGCAAUGGUACAAGUAGUGUAAAAGAAAUACAUCAUAACAUGCUAUUGGGAGUAAAUUUAUUUUGUUUUAUGGAUGUUAUUUUUACUGGAAAAUAAUUUAAAAACAGACAAAUAUUUUGCACCGUAUACGUUAUGUACAGGUGUAUAAAGUAUUGUAGAAUCAUACAAUACUUACAGCAAGUUAUUCAGACACACCAAUGGUAAAGUUUUUGCAUUUUGCGACUAUCAAUCGUACACUGAGGCCACGGUAGUUCACUGCUUACCUGUGACAUUCCAUCAUCUCACCUGUGAAACAGGUUCCCGCCACCAAUCCCAGUCCUGUCCACGAGCAGGCGUGUUCCUGUAAAUGACUAUUUCACCCCUGAAACAAUGUAGCAUAAAGUCACACUGUAAUAUACGAGCAAUGUGAAGUAGGUGUUACAGUACAUGUGAUUACAAUUGCUGGGCGACGUGAAAGAGAGAAAUGUGCUCCUCGUGUAUAGUGUGUGUGUGUGUGUGUGUGCGUGUGUCUGACAGAUUUACAGUACGGAUGAAACUGGUGCUGCUGAAAAAAAGAGUGAAUGGAUUUGUGUAAAAAAAUGUAAAAAGGGAGUGUAUGAUCAUGUGGAUGCAAAUUUGAAUCUGUUUGAUUGUACAGUUGUUCACCACAGUUCCACUACUGUCCAAAUUUGUAAAAUAUAUAUGAUUUUGUUUA